AUGACAAUGUUGAAUCUAUUGAGCUCAAUAGUGUCAACGAGCGAGACAAUGCCGCCAGCGGUGAAAAGAAAUCUGUGGAUGUGCAUACGUUCGUUUCAUUUCCCGGCAAACUUGCAUAUUGGUUCUUCGCACAAAUGUAUUGCAUGGCUCUGUUCCAGGGACCGGCAACAGCUUCGUAUUGUUUGCCUUGCGGCCGUAUCGAGCAGCGACCUAAGUGGUUCCGAAGGCUCAUCUGAUGAUGAUUCACAGUUGGUCCUAAAAAGACGCAGGAUUAGGCAGACGAAACGUUUCUUGUCCAGGCAUGUCCUUUUGAAAUUCAGAUUUCUUCACGUCAUCAUCAUGGCACGAGAAGCACUCUGGGUUGUGGAAGCUUGUCGAAUAUAG